AUGGAGCUAGGAGGGGCCUUCACCAUCUUUCUGGCACUCUCCUUGUCUUGUCUACUCAUCCUCAUUGCCUGGAAACGGAACAACAAGGGGGGGAAACUGCCCCCUGGGCCCACACCAAUACCCUUCCUGGGGAACGUGUUGCAAGUCCGUACUGAUGCCACUUUUCAGUCUUUCAUGAAGCUCAAGGAGAAGUAUGGCCCAGUCUUCACUGUGUACAUGGGUCCCCGGCCAGUAGUUGUUUUAUGUGGACAUGAGGCAGUGAAGGAGGCCCUGGUAGACCGAGCAGAUGAGUUCAGUGGCCGCGGAGAACUGGCUUCAAUAGAGCGAAACUUCCAAGGUCAUGGUGUAGCUCUGGCUAAUGGAGAACGAUGGAGGAUCCUCCGACGCUUCUCCCUGACCAUUCUUCGGGACUUCGGAAUGGGAAAGCGGAGCAUUGAAGAGCGGAUCCAGGAGGAGGCUGGCUUCUUACUAGAGGAAUUACGGAAAACCAAGGGUUCUCCCAUCGAACCCACCUUCUUCCUGAGCCGCACUGUCUCCAACGUCAUCAGUUCUGUCGUCUUUGGAAGCCGCUUUGAUUAUGAGGACAAGCAGUUCCUGAAGCUGCUGCAGAUGAUCAAUGAGAGUUUCAUUGAGAUGAGCACACCUUGGGCACAGCUAUAUGACAUGUAUUCUGGGAUCAUGCAAUAUUUGCCAGGAAGACACAAUCGCAUCUACUACUUGGUAGAAGAACUCAAGGACUUCAUUGCCUCUAGGGUGAAGAUCAACGAAGUAUCUCUUGACCCACAAAACCCUCGGGACUUCAUCGACUGCUUCCUCAUCAAGAUGUACCAGGAUACAAAUAAUCCCCACACAGAAUUCAAUCUCAAGAACUUGGUCCUGACCACACUCAACCUAUUCUUUGCUGGCACAGAGACUGUGAGCUCUACACUACGUUAUGGAUUGCUGCUAAUGAUGAAGUAUCCUGAGGUGGAAGCCAAGAUCCAUGAAGAGAUUGACCAGGUGAUUGGACCACACCGGAUCCCGAGUGUGGACGACAGAGUCAAGAUGCCCUACACGGAUGCUGUGAUCCAUGAGAUACAGAGACUGACAGAUAUUGUACCCAUGGGUGUCCCCCAUAAUGUCAUCCGGGACACUCAUUUCCGAGGCUACCUUCUGCCCAAGGGCACUGAUGUGUUCCCCCUGCUUGGCUCUGUCCUCAAAGACCCCAAAUACUUCCGCUACCCAGAUGCCUUCUAUCCCCAACACUUCCUGGAUGAGCAGGGCCGAUUCAAGAAGAAUGAAGCCUUUGUACCUUUUUCCUCUGGAAAGCGCAUUUGCCUGGGCGAGGCCAUGGCCCGCAUGGAACUCUUUCUCUACUUCACAUCCAUCCUUCAGAACUUCUCUCUACACCCGCUGGUGCCGCCCGCUGACAUCGAUAUCACACCCAGGGUCUCAGGCUUUGGCAACAUCCCUCCAACCUACGAACUCUGCCUCAAGGCCCGCUGA